GUGAUUUGUGUCGCGGAUCCGGAUAAUGCGGGAACUCUCCCUGCAUUUCGUGUUCGUGUAGAUACAUAACUUUUAUCCAAUUUUAAUACAUAAAUCGAAGUCUUGAUAACAAACCAAGAUGUCCAAACGGAAGAAGAGUCGUGCUGUAAUUGAUUCCGAUAGCUCCAGUGAGGGUAGUGGCUCCGAUUUAGAGGAGGAACUACUUUCGCUGGCCAAACGGAAACGCACAGAACCAGAGUCAAGUCCAAAGGAGGCAACAACGCAGUCCUCACAGAAGAGUGACACAGAAUCAGAAACAUCAGAAAGUGACGAUGAGUGGACUGUUGGAGGUAACAAGAAGAAGAGAAGGGUCAAAAAGAAGGUCACUCAACGGCGAACCUCCAAAGCUCAAUCAGAGGACUCGGCACUCAAUAGUGACUCUGAGAAGUCGUCUCUGGAAGAAGGCGAGGUGUCUGACUCAGACAGCAGUGAUUCUCUCUCACCAUCGGGUGAUUCCGACUUGUCGGAUGAUGAGCCACAGUUCAAGGAUGGCUAUGACGAGAAUCUGAUGGGGGAUGAGGAAGACAAGGCCCGGCUGGCUCAGAUGACCGAGAUGGAGAGAGAACAGGAGAUCUUCAACCGACUGGAGAAACGGGAGGUUGCCAAAACAAGGUUUGAGAUUGAGCGGAAGCUGCGGCAGGCCAAGAGGGAGCGCAAGCGACAGAAGCGCGACCGGCUGGCCAAGGAACAAGGCAACAGCGGCGGCAUCCUGAGCGGCAGCCGACUGGCCUCCCGCAGCGACAUCAGCAAGGAGAGACGCCGUACCAUUGAAGACAAGAAGGACCGCAAGGCGCAGGCCAUCCUCAACCUCAAGGCAGAGAGGGAAAAAAAAGAGAAAAAGAAGACAGACACCCUUCUGACAAGAAGAGAACCACUGAAGGCAAGUGAUGUUUACUCUGACGAUGAUGACGAAGAUGAGGAAGAGGAAAAGAAGAAGGAUUCUUCAGAUUCCUCAAGUAGUUCAUCCUACGGAGGCUCAGAUGAAGAGCGUAGCGAUGAGGAUGAAACGCCAAGGGUUACGUUCAUUUCCACCAAAGAGGAGCUCUCCAAAAUCAGGUUGUCAAGGCAUAAAAUGGAAAGAUGGGUACACAUGCCGUUCUUUGCUGACACGGUCAUUGGAUGCUAUGUACGCAUUGGGAUAGGUUCCAAUGGAGGUCGACCGAUAUAUAGAGUCGCAGAAAUCACAGAAUGUGUGGAGACGGCCAAAAUCUACCAGUUGGGAAGCAACCGCACAAACAAGGGACUCAGACUUAGGUAUGCCACUCAAGAAAGGGUGUUUCGUCUGGAGUUUGUCUCCAAUCAAGAUUUCACGGACUCUGAGUUCAACAAAUGGAAGGAGGAUAUGAUGGUGGGUGGUUUCCAGUUACCGACAACCAGGGAAGUCGAUACUAAGUACAGCCAGAUCAAGAAAGCACUAUCGUACAGCUACAAGGAGGACGACAUAGAGAAGAUUGUAUCCGAGAAGGAACGUUUCCGAAGAAAUCCCCGGAACUACGCCAUGAAGAAAACCACACUCAUAAAGACAAGGGAUAUGGCUGCAGAAGAAGGCAGGGAGGAAGACUACAAGAAAUAUGCUCAGGAACUAGAGGAACUGGAGGAGAGAGCCGAGGAACUUGAUCGUGUCCGCAACAAGAACGUCACGGCUAUCACGUAUAUCAAUCAGAGGAACCGUACACGGAACAUUGCCGAGGCUGAGAGAGCGAUGAAGGAGGAAAUCAAAGAAUCACAGAAUGCUAAGGCUGACCCCUUCACCAGGAGGCAGUGCCGACCAAUGCUGGUUACCAAGGCUGCCAGGGAUGAAGCCAUUAUGAAUUCAGCUUUACUGAAGAAGUUGGAAGAAGAACGUAUCAAGAAACAGAAACAAGAUGAAGCCAUGAAGGACGAUAUUUUGAAUGCGCUGUCUCAAGAGGGGCUUCCGGCCAAGAUCACAGAUAGGAAAGUAUCGGAAGACCUCUUCCAAGCUCAUGAUUUUGACAUCAAGAUUGACUUAGAUGUGUCCACUUCAGAUUCCCGUCCCAUGGCCCUGAAUUCAAGCAUGGAAACGGGGGCCAAGGAGGGCGCCCCCAGGCGGUCACUCAACCUGAAUGAGUACAAGAAGAUGCGCGGCCUCAUCUGAAGCACGACGACCCAGCUGUUCAAGAUCACCCAGCUACAACAGCCAUGAUAGAACACAACUGGCAACGAUAGAUGACCCCCAUUUAGUACUGGGCAACUUGAAAUAUCCAUGGAAUACAGUUUGUCUUCUGUGACAGAUGUUACAGUUGGAACAAGAGUUUACGGAGGAGAAUUUUCAGGAAGCAAGCUGCAAAAUACCUUCCUACAAUGCUACAAAAAGUUGAUCCUUAUGAUAGGAAAAAACAUGACAAAUUUUAUGGGAAAGCUUGCAUUUCUUUGAGUGAGAUUUUGCAGAACAUUUUCUGUACAUUCAUGUUUGGGUCAGGUAAAGAUCAUCUUACUUUGAUAAGAUAUUCAGAAUACAAGGAAACGUACUGCAGAAAACGUUUCAAAGUGUUGUACAUAUUUGAAAAGUGUUGUAGAUUUUAUACUCCACUAAGUUGUGCUCCAGUCCUGACCAUUGAAAGAGCCGUGGCAGAUAGUAGUGUUGUCAUUUUGAACCUGUGCCCAAGUCCUGACUAUGGAAAGAGCCGUGGCAGAUAGUAGUGUUGUCAUUUUGAACCUGUGCCCCAGUCCCGACUAUGGAAAGAGCCGUGGCAGAUAGUAGUGUUGUCAUUUUGAACCUGUGCCCAAGUCCUGACUAUGGAAAGAGCCGUGGCAGAUAGUAGUGUUGUCAUUUUGAACCUGUGCCCAAGUCCUGACUAUGGAAAGAGCCGUGGCAGAUAGUAGUGUUGUCAUUUUGAACCUGUGCCCCAGUCCCGACUAUGGAAAGAGCCGUGGCAGAUAGUAGUGUUGCCGUUUUGAAGCCUUGUCCCAGUCCUGACCAUGGAAAGAGCUGUGGCAGAUUGUAGUGUUGCCGUUUUGAACCUGUGCCCCAGUCCUGACCAUGGAAAGAGCCGUGGCAGAUUCUAGUGUUGCCAUUUUGAAGCCGUGUCCCAGUCCUGACUAUGGAAAGAGCUGUGGCAGAUUCUUGUGUUGCCGUUUUGAAGCUGUGUCCAAAUUAAGUAGUUUGAGUAUGACCAGAUCCUGAUGAAAAUGAUCACCCCAAAAAGUGACUUGAUGGCAACAAAUGAAUAAAAUCUGUACGAGGAAUCUAAAUACCGACAAAGAGAAUGGACUCGACGGUAAGUUUCCGAACCUUUUUUUACAGUCCGUGGAAAACAGGGUCUGUGACUAGUUGUUGGCAACUUUUUUUUACAACAAUGAGACUACCUAGCAAUCCUGGCCACCUUUGUUUGGUCACUUUUAUUGUUCAUAAAUACUUUCCUUAGCAUUAGUUUUCAGCAAAGUACUUGUGUUGGUAAUAGCUGUGCAGUGCAUUGACCAGAGCACACGGUUUGUGGUGUGUGGCUGAUAUUUGGGAGAAAUGGAAGGUUCACAGAGGAGGGUUGUCAUUUCAAGCCUUAUUUUGGUGAGAUCCAGUCGGUUUCGGUAGUAGACAUUGUGCAUUCGAAAAGGUGAUGUGUUUUGGUAUUAUUCCUAGCACAUUGACAAAUUCUUAAGGUCUUCUUGUCUCAUUAGCUUGUGAAGAAUAACAGUCCUAAGCAAAGUAGUGAAACACUUUACCAGUUCCAUAAUUGAGUUUACAGUGUUUAUUUGAUGCGCAGCAUUAACAUUGGCACUUUAUUGGGGGUUUAUGGAAUUUACUUCACAAAAGGAUGGGAAACUAGGGUUCGUGUUGUCACUGCUCACACCGACCAAUUCACACUUUUGUACAUAAACGUAAUCUUUCCCUGUAAAUAAGUGGGUUUUGGAAACUGAGUGUGUUUUAAAGGGGAGUAGCAUUUCCUUUCUCGGAAGCAAAUUUAAUGGUAACAGGAGUUUUCUUAUUCCGUCAGUUUUACUUGAUAGCUCAAAUACACACGGGGCUCUUGAGCAAAACACGCGCAUGCCUACUCGAUAACCUGCCAAAACGUCAUUGAAGUAUAUUGCUUUGGACUGGGUCCAUGCUGAAGCACUUAAGUUACUUUAACUUUCGUUUUCUGCUCAGAAGCUGCAUUAAGUGAGAUCCAUGGGAUGUCAGAGGUAGUAAUUUGGCCGUGAUCCAAAUGGUUGAACUCACCAGUACAGUUGGAUUCAGUGAAUGUGCUGGCACUGUAGGUUUGAUAAUCCUGUGGCCUGACUUAAAGGGGUUGAAUGAACAGUUGAGCCGUUCAAAAGAGACUUCCCACAUGCACGUAAACAAGACAGGAAAUCAUUACACAUGGAAUCAUUGUAGCCUGACUUAUUUUAUAGGACUACAGACAAUAUCCGUCACAGAAGUCAUUUUUAAUUGAAUGUGAACUUUGUGGAAGUUUUUUUUUUCUGGUUUUCUUGGCCAGUGAAUCUUUUAAGACAUGGUUGCGUGAAGAGAACGAGCGUUGGAUGAAUAGGUACCGUGUCCCCCCUGCCCAGUCGGUUGCCAGUGCAGCCGGCUUGUAAUCAUCGACUUGUAAAUAUACAGAUUACGCAUGGAAUGGUUUUCUGAAUUUGGUUCCAAAUCUUACCUCAAUUCUGCUUGUAGUAUAUAGAUCCACUUAUCACUGGCAAAGCGCGCCAGUAGUUGGGAAUGAAAACGAUCAUUAAUGAUACAAAAUUAAUACCAUUGAAUUGUGUAAAUAUUUAAGAUUGGUUGCUUUUAAUUUUUCCCACUUUUCAUUUGUAAUUGUCCAUUAUUUUUUCCCAGUUUAGAAAGAAAUUUGUUGUGAUUUUUGUACCCCGAGGAAAUCAAUAAACCCAUAUUAAUGUCUUUGUAAA